CCCCGACUGGAUUGAUAUAACGCUGCUCGACUCCUGACUUGACGUUUUGCACCCGUAAACGUUGCGAGUCGCAGAACAAGCUUCACAGUCACAGCUGAACGUUUCCGCUCCACACGUCAAUCAGCGCCACACAGCCCCAUUGAUCAGCACACGUUACGGCGCAUACCGGUGGUUGAUCGCGCUAUAAUUGGACCUCCUUGUGCAACCCGCCCUUGUUUGAGCGACGUUGCCAACUCCGAGUCUCUGGGACUCGCUUUACCUUGGACAAAGAAAAGACAAACAACAUGUCGGCCGCAGCAGCAACCAAGCCACCAGGCACGCCUCGUCGCGAAGCCAAUACUAGAACCACCUCGUCGUCCCCUGCAGCUGCGAACCGCACGCCAGCCCGCUCCUCGACGCCCACUACAAAUGGCACCAGUGGGGUUUCAAGGACACGAUCUGUCCGUGGCGGCGCCAAUGGCACUCCCGUUUCAGCGCGUGCGGCCGUCAAGAAGCCCGCCGCAUCUUCAAAUCUGAGCAACGCCUCGCAGCCCGACGCUGCUGACGACGACGCCAGGGAGGAGCAAGCCGCGCUGCUACAGGAGCUCAAGGACCGCCUACAGAAGGCAGAGAACGAGGCGGCAGAGCGACAGAAGCAGGUCGAGAUCCUCAAUUCUCGCCUUGACGAUGCCCUUGCCGAGCAGGCCAAGCUCGAGGAACGUGCGCACGAAGAAGAGGAGAAGGUUGAGUCGCUGGAGAAUGUGAAGCGGGAGCUUACGCGCCAACACCGCGAGCUCGAAGGCAUCUACGAGGCCGAGAGGGCACAGGUGAUGAAGGAGAAGGAGGAGACGCAGUCGAGGGAGGAAGAAAUGCAGAGCACCAUCCAGCGCCUCAAGGAGACUAUGGCCACAAAGAACAUGCCCACUGGAGAAUUCGAAGAGGAGCAGCACUUGUCGCGGGCCUCAAGCUUCCGCAAUAACCCAUCCCGCUCCAAUUCCUCGCAGAACCUCGAGAACGUCGCAUCCUUUGCACCUCCCAACUCGGUCCAACGCAGCAACUCGCGAAACAACUCAAAGCUCAUCCACCAGAAGGACAAGAUCAUUGAAGAUCUGCGCCUCGAGCUCGCCGAAUAUCAGGUCAAGGUGCUGGAAGUUGAGAACGCUGGAGGCGGACGUAUGCGUGAACUAGAGAAGCAACUGCUCGAGACACGCAUGACCAAUGCUAGGCUUAUGGAAGACAACGAGAGCUUCCAGCUUCUACUGGGAGAGAAGACGCUCAACGGAGACUUGAGCCGCGGCGACUUCCUUCGCGAGACGUCCAACGCCGACGACCGCGUACCGAGCAGGAGCGGCCCUUCAACCAGCUUAGCUGAUGAGCUUCAGUCGGCCGAGGAAGGCGAUGCUGAAGUCGUUCGCAAGCUCGAGGCUGAAGUCAACAGCAUGAAGGCGCAGAACCAAGCCCUUACCCUCUACAUCAACAAGAUCAUCGGUCGCUUGCUCACACAUCAGGGCUUUGAGUCAGUCCUGGGUAACGACGGUGAGAACGAUCGCGGCUCUGGUCCAGACAAGAACAAAGAUCUGCCACCGCCUCCUCCCCAGGAGAGCGACCAGCCACAAGGAUUCCUCCAGCGCGCUAAAUCUGUCGCCAUGGGCGGAAACAAAAAGCCCAGACCUCUGAGUGUGAUGGGCCCCCCUCCGGUCACCAACCAGCAGAGCGCGCACGAGGACCCCAAUACGGCUCCACGUAUCCCCCUCACGCGCUCUACAUCUGGUCGCCACCCCAGCGGUUCUCACCACCACCGCCGUUCCACUUCCGACGUACCGGGAGCCGCAGGCGUGGUCAACAACAUGUACCGCCCUUCACCCGCAUCGCCUGGGAUGGUAUCGCCUCGCAACAGUUUCUUCGGUCUGCCUGUCAGCACUGGCCCUGGAUCUAGCAAUCCGGUUUCAAGGGUACCUUCCGGCCAAGGUCCCACCAUACCUGAAGACAAGGAAGUCGACGCUAGGACAGAGUCAUCUUCUGCGAGCCACGUCGAUACACCCAGCCCACCUCGCCAGUUGACGCGCAGCGACACUAGCACUGGUGUUAUGACUGGCAAAGGUAUGAGGCCACUACGCUUGGUCCAGAACGAAGAAGAAGCCAGCAAGGCGCGCAAGGCAGCCAACCGCGCAAGUUGGUUCGGUGGUCUAUUCGGUCAAAACCCACCGCAGAACCAGGAAAACACGCAGUAGAACUGGCGCCGUCCUCCCUGUUAAACAGACGUUUCAUGUAAGUACUUCUCCGGUGGAUGCCCUUUGGAUAUGACGAUAGACGGAUGUACGACUUAAUGGAAAGCAAAUGAAGGAACGAGGAAUGGAUAUCAGACAAGACAGGGAAUGAGCAUACACAUAUACACAUAUUGUGGGUGAGGAGCGUCAGUCAUGGGCUUUUUGUCUCGCUCCUUGCUCGCACCAUUCUAGUAUACCCCGCUUCUCCCCUGCUUUUGGAUCUUAUGUACUUGCAUUCGGGUUUUUGGGUUAGUAGUUGGUGUAAUGGUAUUUUCUCUUC